AUGUCGACCAUUACUGAAGUCUCGAGCUUGGCUCAGUGGGAGCAGGUCCUCGCCGCCGCCGCGCCCUCGACGCUCCUCGUCGUCUCGUUCCAUGCGCCUUGGGCAGCUCCCUGCACGCAAAUGGCCACGGUCCUGUCCACACUCGCCUCCGAAUACCCCAUCACCUCGCCGCCGAGCACACAAUGGUUUUCCAUCAACGCCGAGGAGCUGAGCGACAUUAGCGAGACCUACGAUGUUACUGCUGUGCCCUUCCUGGUGCUGCUGCGCGGUGGCCAGGUCCUCGAGACGGUCAGCGGCAGCAACGCCGUCAAGGUGCGCAAUGCCAUCGAGUCGCACGCUGGAAACAAGGCGGAGGUGGCGGCGGCCAACGGAGUCAGAGCUGCCGCCAGUGCUACGGUUGUCACCAGCCAACCGGAGCUCGACCCCGAAACGAAGAAGGCGGAUCUGUUCAAGCGGCUGGAGGAUCUUGUCAAGGCGGCCCCUGUCAUGCUCUUCAUGAAGGGUACCCCCAGCUCUCCCCAGUGUGGUUUCUCGCGACAGCUGGUUGGCGUCCUCCGCGAGAAUUCGGUCAAGUACGGCUUCUUUAACAUCCUGGCCGAUGACGAGGUUCGCCAGGGUCUCAAGGAAUAUGCCGAGUGGCCCACGUACCCCCAGUUGUGGAUGGACGGCGAGCUUGUUGGUGGGUUGGAUAUCGUCAAAGAAGAGAUGGAAAACAACGGCGCGUUCUUCAAGGCGUACACGGCGGCGGCGGAUGUUGCGGCAGCAUGA